AAAAGACCUUUCUUUGGUAAUUUUCAAGAUAAAACCCUAACCCCCCAGAAGGAACGAAAUCCUUUCUCUCUAAUCCCAUCUUCCUGUUCCCCGAGUAAGGUAAUUUUCAAGCUAAAACCCUAACCCCAGAGGAGCAACGAAAUCCUUAUACUCCUUAACCCCAUCUUCCUGUCCUCCGAGUAAAAUAAGCACAAAAUAAAUAAAAAAGAAUGGCGUUUGGGCAAGUGGUGAUUGGUCCACCGGGAUCAGGCAAAACCACCUACUGCAAUGGCAUGUCUCAAUUCUUAAGCCUCAUCGGAAGGAAGGUUGCCGUUAUCAAUUUGGAUCCAGCAAACGAUGCAUUGCCGUAUGAUUGUGCUGUUAACAUUGAAGAUCUUAUCAAACUAAGUGAUGUAAUGAACGAGCAUUCCCUUGGUCCCAAUGGAGGUCUUGUUUAUUGCAUGGAUUAUUUGGAGAAGAAUAUUGACUGGUUGCAAUCCAAAUUGGAACCUCUGUUGAAAGAUCACUACCUUCUUUUUGAUUUUCCGGGCCAGGUGGAAUUGUUUUUUCUCCAUUCAAAUGCCAAGAAUGUUAUCAUGAAACUCAUUAAGAAGUUGAACCUUAGGUUGACUGCCGUGCAUUUAGUUGAUGCCCAUCUUUGCAGUGAUCCUGGAAAAUAUGUCAGCGCAUUGCUUUUGUCACUAUCGACAAUGCUUCAUCUGGAACUCCCACAUAUCAAUGUCUUAUCUAAGAUUGAUCUAAUUGAGAGCUAUGGCAAGCUAGCUUUUAACCUCGAUUUCUAUACAGACGUGCAAGACUUAUCAUAUUUGCAGCACCAACUUGAUCAGGAUCCUCGUGCUGCUAAGUACAGGAAGCUUACAAAGGAGUUGUGUGAUGUAGUACAGGACUUCAGUCUUGUCGAUUUUACAACUUUGGACAUUCAGGACAAAGAGAGUGUAGGGAAUCUUGUGAAGUUGAUAGACAGGACCAAUGGUUACAUCUUUGCUGGUGUGGAAUCCAGUGCAGUUGAAUUCAGCAAGAUUGCAGUUCGCCCUGUUGAUUGGGAUUACUACAGAGUUGCAGCAGUGCAAGAGAAGUACAUGAAGGAUGAUGAAAAUUUUGGCAAUGACAUCUGAAAACCUAGUUUGGUGCUUCAGGUUUAUCAGUGGGUAAGCUACAAUUCUAUUGUUUACUGACAAGAGAUACAUAAAACACAGGUCCAGGACGUUCACUUCCUCCUCCCUCCACUAUCAUCCAUGCAUGGUGUACAUAAUGAAAACUGGGAACUGACCUUUUUGUGGAAUGUACAAUUUAAUCCUCUGUUACAUGCAGCAGCAGAACUCUGGCUUGGAAGUGUAAAAGGAACCAUCUAUGACGGUUGUCUUCACUAUAAAUAUGUUCUUAGUCAUUGAGAUUGUAA